ACCACCUCAGUGACUGAAUUUCUUCUCCUGGAAUUUUCUGAGAUUCGGGAACUGCAGAUUCUACACUUUAUUGGUUUCUUGGUGUUGUACAUGGCAAUUAUAUCAGGGAAUCUUCUCAUCAUUUGCACAAUAGCUAUUGACCAUUGCCUUCACACUCCCAUGUACUUCUUUCUGAUGAACUUGGCCAUGCAGGACAUUGGUUCUAUUUCAGUUAUUAUCCCCAAAUCCAUAGCCAAUUCUAUCUUAAAUACUAGACACAUUUCUUAUUCUGGAUGUGUUGCUCAAGUACUCUUCUUUUUCUUUUUUUUAUCAUCUGAUUUCUCCCUUCUUACACUCAUGGCUUAUGAUCGGUAUGUUGCCAUCUGCAAUCCAUUGCACUAUGAGAUGGUGAUGAACAAGCAAGCCUGCAUACAAAUGCUGGCAUGUGUAUGGACUAGUGGUCUUCUCCAUGCAGUACUACACACCAGCUGCACCUUUGCAACCCCAUUUUGCUCCAAUGUUGUCAAUCAGUUCUUCUGUGAAAUUCCACAAUUACUGAAGCUUGCAUGCUCAGAUUUAUACCUAAUUGAAAUUGGAGCUGUUAUGUUGAGCAUUAUCAUAGGGCUAAGCUGUUUUACCUUCAUCAUUGUAACUUAUGUGCAGAUUUUCUAUGCAGUGUUGAGAAUUCCCUCUGCACAGGGAAGACAAAAGGCUUACUCAACUUGCAUUCCUCACCUCAUUGUUAUCUCCACAUUAUUAUUUACUGGAUUCUUUGCCUACCUGAGGCCUACAUCUAACACCCCUUCUGAUCAGGAUCUGGUAUUUACUGUGGUAUAUUCUAUGGUGCCACCCAUGUUGAAUCCAGUGAUUUAUAGUAUGAGAAACAAGGAGAUCAAGGCUGCCUUGUCAAAGCUAUUAGGUUUUAGCCAAAACACAUCAUCCAGUUUUCUUCUUUAA